CAACACAAUCUCCUCUCAUCAUCAUCAACAGAUACAACAAGAAGAAGAAGAAGAAGCAAGCUAAGUUCACAGCUUCGAAACCAGCAAAAAUGAAGGCAUCAUUUCUCCAGCAGGGACAGGUUAUGGGGCUUCCAAUCAGUUCAUCAUCAGCAUCAACUGCUGCAAGAAUGGCCCCUAGGCCCUUACUCCUGGAAGAUACCGCCGCUUACCGCUACAUGCCUACUCCAGCUCACCAAUCUCUCAUGCUCAAACAAAACAGAGUAGAUUCCAUGCUUAAAAGGAUGAACAAGUUGGGGAAGAAGGCUGACAAAUUCGCACAUGGAAUCCGCGAACAUGUGAAACUUGGGAACAAGAUCAGUGAGACCUUGAAAGCCAAGUUAACCUUGGGGGCGCGGAUCCUGCAAGUGGGAGGUGUGAAGAAAGUGUUCAGGCAGUUGUUCAGUGUGAGUGAAGGGGAGAGGCUACUCAAGGCAUGCCAGUGCUAUUUGUCGACGACGUCGGGUCCAAUUGCUGGACUCUUGUUCAUUUCGACUCACAAGCUCGCGUUCUGCAGCGAGAGAUCGAUUCAGCUGUCAUCGCCCGAGGGAAAAUCGAUCCGAGUUCACUACAAGGUGGUGAUCCCACUGGAGAAGAUAGAGAGUGCUAACCAGAGCGAGAACGCGAAGAAGCCGUCGCAGAAGUAUAUGGAAUUGGUGACGGUGGACGGGUUCGAUUUCUGGUUCAUGGGUUUCUUGAGUUACAAGAAAGCUUUCAAGUACGUUGAGCAGGCUGUGUCCAUCUGCAGGAUGGCUACUACUACUGCUUCAAUAUGAUUCUGCCACUCGUUGAAGCUUAGUAGCUAGAUACUUUGUGUCAUGUUGAUAUGCAAUGGAGAAUUGAAGAGGGCAUAGUUAGUGAGGGGAUUAAAGCCCACAGAUGUAAAGAGUUUAAGAUGUAAAUGAGAUUAACAUCCCUUAAUCCGGGAUAAUGAUUGAAAUCAAGUUAACACGGUUCGAUUCGACGGUAUCAAAGAGCUUUUCUAAUCUUCUGUUUGUUGCUAGUUCAAUUUGUUGGAACUCGAACCUCACAAGCUAGAGUUUUUUUUUUUUUGGUUACUUCUCGAAUAGUACGAGAUAUAAACGACAAUCCUAGAUGAUGGCCCCAUGGACGAGAUACCUUCAUUCAGUCUGCCGAUAAAAGAAGCACACAACUUGUGAAUCCGAGUUCAUGACCCAAAGGCCAUGUGUGUGUGAGAGAGAAAGAGACUAACUCGUAAUACUCCAAACUCUAACUUCCAUAAUCGAGAUAAACCCUUUCAUGUUACAUAUGUUCACUAUCUAGUUUUCUUCUAAAUCCUUAGUGACCCCGCGUUGAUUGUUGGCGAAGAGGAAUCUUAACGUCUCAUUAUUACAAAACUUCACAAUCUAGUUUCUUUCUGAAUCCCUCACUACACAUUUUUUGGAAGUCACCCUCAAACCAAGCAAACUUCCCAAUUCAGCUAGAAAUAAUGGUCUCAUCUCCCAAGUUGAUAGAAAAAUAAUGCCACUACAUAAAGGGUCAUUAAUGAACAAGAUUUGAAAACAUUAAUAUCCUUAUGAACUCUUCUAUUGUAGUUAGUUAAAGAUGUUUCAUUUCUGGACAUAAAGUAGUGUGAUGUCUGAGGUGGAUCCCGACGUUUCUAGGACCUACUCCCUCUUGUUCAAAAUCUUAUCUUAGAAAAAUAAUAGAUUGGUCAGCAAUUACGUGAUGAGAGCCAUGAAAUCCAACUUUCUGACUCAGUGUCAAUAUGCCCUUGCCCCCUAAUCUCCUCCCUUUUGUGGUUCGGUUUUCUCACCUGGUCAUGGUCAAAUUCAGCUAGAAAUAAUGGUCUCAUCUCCCAAGUUGAUAGAAAAAUAAUGCCACUACAUAAAGGGCCAUUAAUGAACAAGAUUUGAAAACAUUAAUAUCCUUAUGAACUCUUCUAUUGUAGUUAGUUAAAGAUGUUUCAUUUCUGGACAUAAAGUAGUGUGAUGUCUGAGGUGGAUCCCGACGUUUCUAGGACCUACUCCCUCUUGUUCAAAAUCUUAUCUUAGAAAAAUAAUAGAUUGGUCAGCAAUUACGUGAUGAGAGCCAUGAAAUCCAACUUUCUGACUCAGUGUCAAUAUGCCCUUGCCCCCUAAUCUCCUCCCUUUUGUGGUUCGUUUUUCUCACCUGGUCAUGGUCAAAUUCAGCUAGAAAUAAUGGUCUCAUCUCCCAAGUUGAUAGAAAAAUAAUGCCACUACAUAAAGGGCCAUUAAUGAACAAGAUUUGAAAACAUUAAUAUCCUUAUGAACUCUUCUAUUGUAGUUAGUUAAAGAUGUUUCAUUUCUGGACAUAAAGUAGUGUGAUGUCUGAGGUGGAUCCCGACGUUUCUAGGACCUACUCCCUCUUGUUCAAAAUCUUAUCUUAGAAAAAUAAUAGAUUGGUCAGCAAUUACGUGAUGAGAGCCAUGAAAUCCAACUUUCUGACUCAGUGUCAAUAUGCCCUUGCCCCCUAAUCUCCUCCCUUUUGUGGUUCGUUUUUCUCACCUGGUCAUGGUCAAAUUCAGCUAGAAAUAAUGGUCUCAUCUCCCAAGUUGAUAGAAAAAUAAUGCCACUACAUAAAGGGCCAUUAAUGAACAAGAUUUGAAAAC